CUUAAGUUGACUAAAAUAUUAUUGUGUAAAGAGAUGUCGUCAAUGCAAUGAGGUUACAUGAAAUCGUAUGUCAUUUCAUGUAUCAUAAAAUUGCUGGGACAGAUCGAUAAAGUGAAAAACCCGCGUGGAAAAACCCCGUUGGGAAAAUCGCUGGAAAACCAGGGAAAAAAAAAGAAAAAGAUGUUGAAAAUUACAGCCAUGAACUUCUGAUACAUAAAUCAAUUCGCACGCAUUUCUGGUAUCAGCUAUGAGCUGACAAAGGAUCUACACGACGACCAAAUCUGUUGAUAUAUCUCGAUGAUUGUCAUACAACGUACACUGCUGUGUAGCCUCCCCCAAUUAUUCCCUACCAGAGUAGUCCAGAACGAUGGAUCUUUAUGCCUUUUAUCGUACUGUUACAACGAUGUUACAUGCUCAUGGAAUUAUGAGGGCCUCCCAAAUAUUGCAUGAUAAAGUCACUAACGAGCGAACUGUCUAUUUCAAAAGUCACCGUAGCAAUUUGAAAAUUUGGAAUUUCUCGUUUCUGGUAAGCCCAACAGGUGCCGCGCAUUGCGUUUAUUUUUUUAUUUUAUUUUUUGGAAUUAAAAAAAUUUUAAAUUCCUGUGGACUGUGUAUAUUUGUCGGCUGUCCAAUGUAUGUAUUUUCCAGUUGUCUCUAGGUGUAAGUUGGCUGACAUGUGCAGCUAGUCGGUUGAUGACCAGUGUUUAUGCUGUCUUUUAACUCCUGUGGAUAUUGGACUAUUAGAAAGAAGUUGCCCAAGAUAUCUGAUCAGCGCUACUUUUUUGCUGGAGUUCGGCGCAUAUUAAGUUCGACAGAUAUAAUGACACCGAAUACAUGCUAGCAGCCCAUCGAAAUUGGCGUUUGGAGCAAGGCACAUGUGCACACACAGAAAGGGGUAUCCGUGACUCUUUUUAUUUUAAUUUCCAAGGAUCCCAGAGAUUCUGCG